AUGUCUAUUAGUAAAGGUGUAUGGAGCAAUGCGUCUCGUGCAGCGUCGCUGUCAGUGAAAAACCCGGUCUUGAAACAGGCAUUACUCUCGCCAAAUUUACCUAAUGGGCCAGCGUCGUUAAAGGCCAAUGCAAACAAACGCAGAUACACGUCACCAAUCGGGUUGGAUGGCAUCUAUCCAUUGGCAUAUGAGCUAUUGGAGAAACAAGCUGAGGAGAAAUACAAGUUGAUUGAUCAGCUAAAUGACAAAAUCUCUAAAGAUGGAGCAACACCUGAACUUAUCAAACAGAGAGAGGAGUUACAAAUCGAAGCGGAAAUCAAUAACCCACAAGUGGUAUACAAUGCUCUAUUUGCAACUAAUGUGUUAGAUAGAACACAGCCUGUGUAUAGACACUACCUUAAGAAAAACUGGGAAUCUUACAAGAAGAUGCUAACCAUGCAGAGAAUUGAAACCCUCGCCGUUAUUCCAGACACAUUACCAACAUUAGAACCCGAGGUCGAUGUUAAUUUGAAAUUUACUCACAAUAACGUUGACACCUGGAUUGAACCAGGUAAUGUGUUAUCCUCAAAUGUCACUUGUAAACCCCCAACACUUGAAAUAGUCGAAUUCAAAGAAUCCACCGACGAUCUUUACACUGUUUUGAUUGUUAAUCCAGACACACCAGAUGUGGAAAACAACACUUAUUCGACAACAUUACACUGGGGGCUUGCCAAUGUCAGAUUAUCUAACAAUGAUUCAAUCAUUGACAUGCAAAAAUUAAGUGAAAACCCAGAUAUUGAGCUAAUCGACUAUCUACCUCCUGUACCAGAGAAGAACUUAGGUAAACAGAGAUUUGCUGUCUGGGUGUUCAGACAAGACGGCCAGUUGCCAAAUAAAGAUGUUACCAGAGAAAAGUUCGAUAUCAGGGCAUUCGUCGGUUCUAAUAAAUUACAACCUGUAGGUGCGCAUGUCUGGAGAAGUACUUGGGAUCUUAAUGUUGCUAAUGUUAGAAAGAUGUAUGGCUUACCAGAAGGUAGAAUCUUCUCAAGGGAUCGUUUCUAA